UUUAAGAGUCAGUACCAUAAAUCAAAUUCGCCACCAACCUAUUCGUUCGAAGUGGGUGCUAACAUGGCUGCUUCAUUUGGCAUCACCAUCACCACCACCACCGAUUCCAACUGUUUUCUCGCCCACCGCCGCAAUUCCAACCCCCACAUCAAAUUCUCUUCAACCCUUUCUCAUGGGUUUCUCCGGAAAGUCACACCAGCACUCGUCUCCUCUUCCUCACCAAAUCAGGAAAUGCGGUUUGGGUCUCAUGUGGAGGUGGCAAGGAAGGAUCGUUCCUUGUCAUUGGCAUUUGCACAGACAGCUGCUGUUCGACAUGUGACGGGAUCUGUUACUGCAACUGAGGGUCUUCGAUUCGCUAUUGUUGUGGCACGGUUUAAUGAGAUUGUGACAAAGCUGCUGUUGGAGGGAGCCGUGGAAACUUUCAAGAAAUAUUCAGUUAAAGAAGAAGAUAUAGAUGUUGUUUGGGUUCCUGGGAGUUUUGAAAUUGGUGUGGUUGCGGAAAAGCUUGGGAAGUCACGAAAAUAUAAUGCGAUUUUGUGUAUCGGAGCUGUGAUUAGAGGUGAUACUUCUCACUAUGAUGCUGUUGCUAAUUCGGCGGCAUCUGGAGUACUCUCAGCGGGUCUAAAUUCAGGAGUUCCUUGCAUAUUUGGUGUUUUGACAUGCGAUAACAUGGAGCAGGCUUUGAAUCGAGCUGGUGGUAAAUCUGGGAAUAAGGGUGCUGAAACAGCUCUGACAGCUAUUGAGAUGGCAUCUUUGUUUGAGCACCAUCUGAAGCAGUAAUAAUGUUUGACCAAGUUCAAUUUAGUCCUUUUCUGCUGGCAUGCUGUUGAAAUUUUCUUCUCUAAGCUGCCCGGAUAUCUUUAUGGUAAGAGUUUCCAGGAAUUGCAAAAUGGUGAUGGCAUUCAAAAUUAUUACCAGCUACUCAUUGAUUACCUGCAAGCUCGAAUAUCUUCCCCCUGCUGAAACUCGUCAAAAAUUGGAGGACAUAAUGUUUUAAUGUAUGUUAGACAAUCCGUUCUACUGUGUCACACUUUGUUUCAUAUAUUUAUCUUCACAUUUCAAAAUGGUGCAGUGUGUGUGCGCUCGCACACAUCUUUUAAAGGUUA